GCCAGCGGCCGCCGGUCCCCGUCAGGCGGUGCCGCCCCGCCGGGCCGCUGCAGCGCCGCUAACGCUACCGGCGACGGCGGCGGCGACGGCGCCCCCUUCCGCCCCGCCAGCGCGCAGCCAUGGCCACGACCGCCCGCGCCGAGGAGGCGGCGGCGGCGGCGGCCGAGGAGGAGGAGGAGGAAGCGGCGGCCGCGGCGGCGGAGCGGUUGGCGUCGGCGCUGCGGCAGCGGCUGCGGGGCUGGGAGGCGGCGCUGGCGGCGGCGCAGCGGCUGCUGGUGUGGGAGAGGCCGCUGCACAGCCUGGUGACCGCCGCCGCGCUCGGCGGGGCGCUCUGGUUGUUUUCCUCCACUUCCCUGAGACCCCUCUUUCUCCUCAGCAUGUCUCUCCUUGGCAUCCUCUUGCUGGAGAGAUGGAAGCCCAGGUUCCUGUUUGACUUCCCAGCUCAGCCAUCAGAGGAGACAGGAGGGGACAGUGAGGGGGUGACUUCAGGGGCACAGCCUCACCUGCUCAGUGUCCCUGAGCUGUGCCACUGUCUGGCAGAGAGCUGGGUCACCUUCAGGCUGUACCUACAGGAACUGCUACAGUACAAGAGGCAAAAUCCUGCCAAGUUCUGCAUGAGUGUCUGUUCAGGCUGCCUGAUUCUGGCUGUAGUUGGACACUAUGUUCCAGGCAUAAUGAUCUCCUACAUCAUUUUGCUCAGCAUUCUUCUCUGGCCGCUGGUGGUCUACCAUGAGCUGAUCCAGAAGAUGUACACACGAUUGGAGCCUGUUCUGAUGAAACUGGACUACAGUAUGAAGGCAGAGACACUGCACCACAAGCACGAGAAGAAGAAGCGACAAGUGAAGAGUGAACCUGCAGCAGGUGAUGAGCCAACAGCAGAGACGGAGAGCGAGAGUGAGGCAGAGCUGUCAGGCUUCUCCCCAGUGGUGGAUGUGAAGAAAACUGCCCUGGCACUGUCAAUCACGGAUUCUGAGCUCUCUGAUGAAGAGGCUUCCAUCCUGGAGAGCGGGGGCUUUUCUGUCUCAAGGGCUACCACCCCACAGCUGACAGAUGUUUCUGAAGACCUGGAUCAGCAGAGCCUGCACAGUGAGCCGGAGGAGUCAUUUUCCAAGGACCUGGCAGAGUUUCCCUCCGUGGAAGAAUAUCAUUCCAGAGAUGUGGGACCACAGAGCGAUGAAGACGCGUUUGGUGUGCCUCUGGGUCCUGAGCUUGCCCACGCUGCCCGUGAGCUGGACUCAGCAGAGAAGGAGGCUGCGGACUCUGACCUCUCCAUCCUUCGCUUAGCGUCUCCUCUCCAUUUUGUAAAUACACACUUCAACGGGAGCGGGCAGGUGGCGGGAGGCAGCGCGGAGCCAGAGACUGUCCCCGCGCCGGGCCUGGGCAUCUGCAUCGACACGCUGAGCGAGGAGAUCGUCACCACUGCCAUUACCACAGCCGUGCAGAACACCCUCUCCGCCCUGCUGCGGUCCUCGGAGGCCAGCGAGGGACCCUCCCUCUCCGAGUUCCUCCCCGCCGAGCCCGAAGACAAACUGAGCUUCCAAGCGCAGCUGUCGGGGACCGAAGCGGUGGAGGCGGAGGCGGCGGCUUCACCGGAGGACGAGGAGGAAGGCGAUGACUUUGAGCUACUGGAUCAGAGGGAGCUGGAGCAAAUGGAUGUAGAGCUGGGCCUCGGGGAGGAGCGGGAAGGGCAAGACCCUCCUGCCGCUCCGGCUCCGGCUUCCCCCUCUCCCGCACUUGCUGAGCUGCCAAAGCAAGGAGAUGAGGAGGAGGCAGCGAUGACGGCGGCGUCUACGUCUUAGGUCUUCUCCGUGCGCCCCUCGGGUCUCCGUCGUCACCGGAAAGAAGGAAGAACUCCCGUGGCGAACGUGCGGCGGGUUUUAGAUGUCCGCGUCGGCCGGGAUGGAAACGCGUCAGUGUUCGUGUGCUGUGUUUGGAAUAACAAACCCUUUCCAUCCUUCUAGAGCCCGGCCUCUGCUGCCUGAGCGGGAGGCGCCCCUGCCCGGCGGCCGGGGAGGAGCCGGCUCCUGGAAGCCUUACGCCACAACGGAGCACCAACCCCUGCAAACGCUUCCUAGUAAUGGUGCGGUAUUUUGGUCUGUCUUCUGUUUGUCUUUCGUUUUGCACGCCGAGUACUGAGCUAGCUGUAGCUGCUGCUAAUACCCAACUCCCCAGUAGGACAUAUGCAAUCUUCUUUUAUCGGGUUUUUAAAUGGCUACGAGUGUAAAUAA